ACCCCCGACUCCCCGCCACCACCACGCCCUUCCCCUGCGGUGCGGCGCGCCCGGUGCCCCAGCUCAGACUCCGCUCAACUCCGUUUGCUGGAACUUGCUUUCUGCCCAGGAAGAGCCAUGCUUCGGGUGAUAGUGGAAUCUGCCAGCAAUAUCCCUAAAACGAAAUUUGGGAAACCGGAUCCUAUUGUUUCUGUGGUUUUUAAGGAUGAGAAAAAGAAAACAAAGAAAGUUGACAAUGAACUCAACCCAUUCUGGAAUGAGAUUUUGGAGUUUGACUUGAGGGGUAUACCACUGGACUUUUCAUCUUCCCUUACAAUUGUUGUGAAAGAUUUUGAGACAAUUGGACAAAAUAAGUUAAUUGGCACGGCCACCGUAGCCCUGAAGGACCUGAUUGGUGACCAGAGCAGAUCACUGCCGUACAAACUCAUCCCCCUGCUAAACGAAAAGGGGCAAGAUACUGGGGCCACCAUUGACUUGGUGAUUGGCUAUGAUCCACCUUCUGCUCCACAUCCAAAUGACCCCAGUGGGACCAGCGUGUCAGUCAUGGAAGGAGAUGAGGAGGAAGAUGGAGGUGAUGAAGACAGGUUGGAUGGUACAGCCAGGGGCCCUGGGCCCAGGGGGGCAAGUGGGAUGGUGUCAGAGGCCCACCUUGCCCGGAGGCUCACAAAAGGAAAGAAGAGCCGGCGGAUGCUGUCCAACAAGCCUCAGGACUUCCAGAUCCGUGUCCGAGUGAUUGAGGGCCGCCAGUUAAGUGGCAACAACAUCAGGCCUGUGGUCAAGGUCCAUGUCUGUGGCCAGACACACCGAACAAGGAUCAAGAGAGGGAACAACCCAUUUUAUGAUGAGUUAUUUUUCUACAACAUCCACAUGACCCCUUCUGAACUGAUGGAUGAGAUCAUCAGCAUUCGGGUUUAUAAUUCCCAUUCUUUGCGGGCAGAUUGUCUGAUGGGGGAAUUUAAGAUUGAUGUUGGAUUCAUUUAUGACGAACCUGGUCACGCUGUCAUGAGAAAAUGGCUUCUCCUCAAUGCCCCUGAAGAUGCCAGCUCGGGUGCUAAAGGUUACAUGAAAGUCAGCAUGUUCAUCCUGGGAACCGGAGAUGAGCCUCCUACUGAGAAGCGAGACCGUGAUGACAGCGAUGACGUGGAGAGUAAUCUGUUACUCCCUGCUGGCAUCGCCCUCCGGUGGGUGACCUUCUUGCUUAAAAUCUACCGAGCGGAGGACAUCCCCCAGAUGGAUGAUGCCUUCUCACAGACGGUAAAGGAAAUAUUUGGAGGCAAUGCAGAUAAAAAAAACCUAGUGGAUCCUUUUGUAGAAGUUUCCUUUGCUGGAAAAAAGGUUUGCACAAAUAUAAUUGAAAAAAAUGCAAACCCUGAGUGGAAUCAAGUUGUUAAUCUUCAGAUCAAGUUUCCUUCAGUGUGUGAAAAAAUAAAACUAACAAUAUAUGACUGGGACCGACUUACUAAAAAUGAUGUCAUUGGAACAACAUAUCUACACCUCUCUAAAAUCGCUGCCUCUGGUGGGGAAGUGGAAGAUUUCUCAUCUUCGGGAUCUGGGGCUUCAUCGUUACCAGCAAAUACAGGAGAAACAGAGAUGGGCUUUGUUCCAACAUUUGGACCUUGUUACUUGAAUCUUUAUGGAAGCCCCAGAGAGUACACAGGAUUCCCAGACCCCUAUGAUGAGCUAAAUACUGGAAAGGGGGAAGGAGUUGCCUACAGAGGCAGAAUCUUGAUUGAAUUAAGCACUUUCCUUGAAAAGACACCACCAGACAAAAAGCUUGAGCCCAUUUCAAAUGAUGACCUGCUGGUUGUGGAGAAAUACCAACGAAGACGGAAGUAUAGCCUGUCUGCAGUGUUCCAUUCAGCCACCAUGUUGCAAGAUGUUGGCGAGGCCAUUCAGUUUGAAGUCAGCAUUGGGAACUAUGGCAACAAGUUUGACACAACUUGUAAGCCUUUGGCAUCAACCACUCAAUACAGCCGUGCCGUAUUUGAUGGGAACUACUAUUAUUACUUGCCUUGGGCCCACACAAAGCCAGUUGUUACCCUGACUUCAUACUGGGAGGACAUUAGUCAUCGCCUGGAUGCGGUGAACAUUCUCCUAGCCAUGGCAGAACGGCUGCAAUUGAACCUAGAGGCUCUGAAAUCAGGGGUGCAAGGUAAAGUUCCUGCAAGCCAGCUGGCCGAAAUAUGGUUGAAGCUGAUCGAUGAAGUUAUAGAAGAUACAAGGUACACGUUGCCUCUUACGGAAGGAAAAGCUAAUGUCACAGUUCUUGACACUCAGAUCCAAAAGCUGCGGUCCCGAUCUCUCUCCCAGAUCCACGAGGCAGCUGUGAGGAUGAGGUCUGAGGCCACAGAGGUGAAGUCUACACUGGCAGAAAUUGAGGACUGGCUUGAGAAAUUAUUGCAACUGACUGAAGAGCCGCAGAACAGUAUGCCUGACAUUAUCAUCUGGAUGAUCCGGGGAGAGAAAAGACUGGCCUAUGCACGCAUUCCUGCACAUCAGGUUUUAUACUCCACCAGUGGUGAGAAUGCAUCUGGGAAAUACUGUGGGAAAACCCAAACCAUCUUGCUGAAGUAUCCGCAGGAGAAAAGCCACGGACCGAAGGUGCCCGCAGAGCUGCGAGUGAACAUCUGGCUGGGCUUGAGUGCCGUUGAGAAGAAGUUCAAUAGCUUCGCAGAAGGAACAUUCACCGUCUUUGCUGAAAUGUAUGAAAACCAAGCUCUUAUGUUUGGAAAAUGGGGCACUUCUGGAUUAGUGGGUCGUCAUAAAUUUUCUGAUGUCACAGGAAAAAUAAAACUCAAGAGGGAAUUCUUUUUGCCUCCAAAAGGCUGGCAAUGGGAAGGAGACUGGAUAGUUGAUCCUGAAAGAAGCUUGCUGACUGAGGCUGACGCGGGUCACACGGAGUUCACGGAUGAAGUGUACCAGAACGAGAGUCGCUACCCCGGGGGCGAGUGGAAGCCAGCCGAGGACACCUACACUGAUGCGAACGGUGAUAAAGCAGCAUCACCCAGUGAGCUGACAUGCCCUCCAGGUUGGGAAUGGGAAGAUGACGCAUGGGUAUAUGAUAUAAAUCGUGCAGUGGAUGAGAAAGGCUGGGAGUAUGGAAUUACCAUUCCUCCUGAUAAUAAACCCAAAUCCUGGGUUGCAGCAGAGAAAAUGUAUCAUACUCAUAGACGGCGAAGGCUGGUCCGAAAACGCAAGAAGGAUUUAACACAAAGCACUUCAAGCACUGCAAGGGCCAUGGAAGAAUAUGAAGACCGGGACGGCUGGGAAUAUGCUUCUUUAAUUGGCUGGAAAUUUCACUGGAAACAGCGCAGUUCAGAUACCUUUCGCCGCAGACGCUGGAGAAGAAAAAUGGCUCCUUCGGAAACACAUGGUGCAGGUGCCAUCUUUAAGCUUGAAGGCGCCCUCGGUGCAGACACGACUGAGGAUGGAGACGAGAAGAGCAUGGACAAACAGAAGUACACUGCCACCACCGUGUUUGGGGCCAACACCCCCAUCAUUUCCUGUAACUUUGACAGAGUCUACAUUUACCAUCUGCGCUGCUAUAUCUAUCAAGCCAGGAACCUCAUGGCUCUAGACAAGGAUAGUUUUUCAGAUCCAUAUGCUCAUGUCUCCUUCCUCCAUCGAAGCAAAACCACUGAGAUCAUCCACUCAACUCUGAAUCCCACAUGGGACCAGACCAUUAUAUUUGAUGAAAUUGAAAUCUAUGGGGAGCCCCAGACAGUUCUACAGAACCCGCCCAAAGUUAUCAUCGAACUUUUUGACAAUGACCAAGUGGGCAAAGAUGAAUUUUUAGGACGAAGCACGUGCUCUCCUCUGGUAAAACUAAACUCAGAAACAGAUGUCACCCCCAAACUUCUCUGGCACCCCGUAAUGAAUGGAGACAAAACCUGUGGGGAUGUCCUUGUAACUGCAGAGCUGAUUCUGAGGCACAAGAAUGGCUCCAACCUUCCCAUCCUUCCCUCACAAAGGGCGCCAAAUCUGUACAUGGUCCCCCAGGGGAUCAGGCCUGUGGUUCAGCUCACUGCUAUUGAGAUUCUAGCUUGGGGCUUAAGAAACAUGAAAAACUACCAGAUGGCCUCUGUCACCUCCCCCAGCCUCGUCGUGGAGUGUGGAGGGGAAAGGGUAGAAUCAGUGGUGAUCAAAAACCUUAAGAAGACGCCCAACUUCCCGAGUUCUGUUCUCUUCAUGAAAGUGUUCUUGCCCAAGGAGGAACUGUACAUGCCCCCGCUGGUGAUCAAGGUCAUCGACCACAGGCAGUUCGGGCGGAAGCCUGUCGUUGGGCAGUGCACCAUCGAUCGUCUGGACCGCUUUCGCUGUGACCCUUAUGCGGGGAAGGAGGACCUUGUGCCGCAGCUAAAAGCUUCCCUUCUGUCGACCCCGCCCUGCCGGGAUGUCAUUAUCGAAAUAGAAGACACCAAACCAUUACUGGCUUCGAAGUGCUUAAGCAGUAUGUCAACAGCACUCAGCAAAAUGGCUUCUCCAAGGACAGUGCAUCUGACAGAAAAGGAGGAAGAAAUCGUUGACUGGUGGAGUAAAUUUUAUGCUUCCACAGGGGAACAUGAAAAAUGUGGACAAUAUGUUCAGAAAGGCUAUUCCAAACUCAAGAUAUACGACUGUGAACUAGAGGAUGUAACAGAAUUUGAGGGUCUGACAGACUUCUCGGAUACUUUCAAGCUGUAUCGAGGCAAAUCAGAUGAAAAUGAAGACCCUUCUGUGGUAGGAGAGUUUAAGGGCUCCUUUAGAAUCUACCCCCUGUCGGAUGACCCCAGCGUGCCGGCCCCUCCCAGGCAGUUUCAGGAAUUACCUGACAGCGUCCCACAGGAAUGCACGGUUAGGAUUUACAUUGUUCGAGGCUUAGAGCUCCAGCCCCAGGACAACAAUGGCCUGUGUGACCCUUAUAUAAAAAUAACACUGGGCAAAAAGGUAAUCGAAGAUCGAGACCACUACAUCCCCAACACCCUCAACCCGGUUUUCGGCAGAAUGUACGAACUGAGCUGCUACUUACCUCAAGAAAAAGAUCUGAAAAUUUCUGUAUAUGAUUAUGACACUUUUACCCGUGAUGAAAAGGUGGGAGAAACAAUUAUUGAUUUGGAAAACCGAUUCCUUUCCCGGUUUGGGUCCCACUGCGGCAUACCUGAGCAGUACUGUGUUUCUGGAGUAAACACCUGGCGAGACCAGCUGAGACCAACACAGUUGCUUCAAAAUGUAGCCAGAUACAAAGGCUUCCCACCACCCAUCCUUUCCGAAGAUGGAAGCAGAAUCAGAUAUGGAGGGCGAGACUAUAGUUUGGAUGAGUUCGAAGCCAACAAAAUCCUGCACCAGCACCUCGGGGCCCCUGAUGAGCGUCUUGCCCUUCACAUCCUCAGGACGCAGGGACUGGUCCCUGAGCACGUGGAAACCAGGACUUUGCACAGCACCUUCCAGCCCAACAUUUCUCAGGGGAAACUUCAGAUGUGGGUAGAUGUUUUCCCUAAGAGUUUGGGGCCACCAGGCCCUCCUUUCAACAUCACCCCCAGGAAAGCCAAAAAAUACCACCUGCGUGUGAUCAUCUGGAACACCAAGGACGUUCUCUUGGAUGAGAAGAGCAUCACAGGAGAGGAAAUGAGUGACAUCUAUGUCAAAGGCUGGAUUCCUGGCAAUGAAGAAAACAAACAGAAAACAGAUGUCCAUUACAGGUCCUUGGAUGGUGAAGGGAAUUUUAACUGGAGAUUUGUUUUUCCAUUUGACUACCUCCCAGCUGAACAACUCUGUAUCGUUGCUAAAAAAGAGCAUUUCUGGAGUAUUGACCAAACUGAAUUUCGGGUCCCACCCAGACUCAUCAUUCAGAUAUGGGAUAAUGACAAGUUUUCUCUGGAUGACUAUUUGGGUUUCCUGGAACUUGACUUGCAUCGCACCAUCAUUCCAGCAAAAUCAUCAGAGAAAUGCAAUUUGGACAUGAUUCCAGACCUCAAAGCCAUGAACCCCCUUAAAGCAAAAACUGCCUCACUGUUUGAGCAGAAGUCCAUGAAAGGCUGGUGGCCGUGCUAUGCGGAUAAAGAUGGCUCCCGCGUGAUGGCUGGGAAAGUGGAGAUGACAUUGGAAAUCCUCAAUGAGAACGAGGCGGACGAGAGGCCAGCCGGGAAGGGACGAGAUGAACCCAACAUGAACCCCAAGCUGGACCCACCGAACCGGCCAGAAACCUCCUUCCUGUGGUUCACCAACCCGUGUAAGACCAUGAAGUUCAUCGUGUGGCGCCGAUUUAAGUGGGCCAUCAUCGGUCUGCUAAUCCUGCUGGCCCUGCUGCUCUUCACGGCCGUGCUCCUGUACUCCUUGCCGAAUUAUUUGUCAAUGAAGAUUGUGAGGCCAAAUGCAUAGUGAAAGCAAGAGCUUCUUUUCAAGUCAUCCAGCAAUGAGGGAAUCCUGUCUCCGUUUAUAGACCGAAAUCAAGAGUGAUUUUGUUUGCAUCUGACACUGAUCCAAGUGGCUUGUUCGGUUACUUCACCGAGGCCAGGAGCUCCCAGAGGUCUAGGUCCUGAAAAGUCAGGCCAACAAGCAACAUUUUUAUUUUGUUACUUUUUGAAGUAUUAAGCUUUAACCAUGUUUUCCAGGAUAUUUUUCAAGGUGGCUGGUUCCAUUUAAAAAGCAUCUUUUUUAUGGGUCUUUAAUUUUAUAAUUCAGUUUUUAGAAAUUGCUGAAAUCAAAUUAGACAAUUUCUGCAUCUUAACUUCAUAUACUUAUUUGUAAUCAGAAAGGACUGUGCAUUAUAAAAUAGAAUAGUGAGAGUCAUUCUUACUUAUGCCUGCAACCAUUUUUACGAUAUUUUAUACGGAUGAGUGUCAUGAGACUCUAUUCAAUCUCUGUGAUGAACCCAAAUAAAAACAUUUCACCUUUGACACAUAGCUGUUCAUUGUAGCUGUGCGCUGAGUUGGGAAGGAGGCAGUUCCUAGUCCUCUGGGUCUCCGUGGAUGGAAUGCCACAGCAUUACCACUCAGCCAUAAACCUUUCAUACGUGUGCUGCCAAAUCUUAGCCAGUGGGCCCAACUGAGGCUAAUAUAAUAAAUAAUAAAAGCUAAUGCUUAUUAAAAGUACUUAUUCUUUGUACAGCAUUGUUGCAAAUGCUUUAUGUGUAUUAACUCAUUUAAUCCUCAAGAUAAUCCUAUAAAGGUAGGGAACAUCAACCCCAUUUUACAGUUAAAGAAAUGGAGGCACAAAGGUGAAGUAACUUGCAAAAGGCCACACAACGAAUAAAUGGUAGGGCUGGAAUUUGAACCCAGGCAGUCUGGGUUCUUCCUUCUUAACUUCUCUUAACCACUGCACUAUUCCACCAGUGGGAAGACUGUCAUGAGGGGCAUGGAGCUGAUGGUCAAGUAGGGAAUGACAGUAGCAACCAGUAUGGCUCCAGGCCAACACCAAACAGCGUGCCUUCUAGAACAUCGUCCUGAUACUACAUGAGACCAUGGUGAGAUCAACAAACAGUUCUAUUCUAAACACAGAACCAGGGGGAGUAAGAAAUGGUACAAUAAUGGUGAUGCUUUGGGACAUUUAGAUAACAUUAUACCACAAUGGUGACUGUCUUGGCGUUAUUGCUGAGUUGUUGCCUAUUUUGAACAUUUUAUGUUCUCCCCUGAAUUUUAACAUUCUAAGUGUGCUCGGUACAUAAAAUGGUGGGGAGCCACAGCACUAACUAAAUCAGAAUGCUCGCCAUUUCCCCAGGCACCUUGUACUCUCCUCCCUGAGUCUGGGCAUGUUAUCACCCACCCGAAAUGCCCCACCCACCUCCACUGGUAGCAGCUCUGCCCACCCUUGAAGUUCUGGUUCAGAUGCCACUUUCUCCUGGCACCUCUUAGGCCCCAAAGUGAUCCUUCAAUAUCAGAUGCAAACAUAUUAAUACAACCUUCCUGGAGAGAUAUGUUAAAAGCCCUAACAAAUGUUUGUGCCCUUUGACCCAGUAAUUUCACUCCUGAGUAUUAAUUCCAAGGAAAUGAUCAGAAAGGCAGCCCACGGUUCACGUACAAAAAUGUACAUGUACAAUAUGGUACAUGUACAUUUGUACAAUAAUGGUACAAAUGUACAAUAAUGGUACAAAUGUACAAUAAUGGUACAAAUCAGAAACAGCUUAAAUGCCCAAGCAGAGGGGAAUGGUUGAAUAUAUGGUAAAAUCCCUAUAUUAGUGCAAAGGAUGAAAAUAUAUCAAUUUAACAUUUUGUUACUGACAUCAGAAAAUGCUAAUAUGUGAGACACAACCCCAAAAAAUCAUAUACAAAUCUAUAUGAAAUAAGCCCCAAAAUACAUGGCUGUCCAUAAAGAAAUGCACCAAAAUACUAGCAGUGUAAGGAACUUAUGCAAGAUUUGUAUCUGUGCAUAUUGAAAUAAUUUAUAAAAAUAAAUCAACAUUGGAGGUUCAUAACAAUAAAACUAAGAGAUCCAGUUUGAGAAAUAUUGCUAUACUUUGUUUCACCUUGUAGCGAUAUAGGUGUGGCUUGUUUUCAGAACUGACUGUAAGCCCUUUUAGGACAGAGGUAACACCUGUGAGAUCACCCCAGGCUGCCCCAGAGCAGCAGGCCUGGAUUUGUACCCCUGGUCAUGCCUCAGACUCGUCUGCAUCCUGGGAACGAUAAUGCCUCCCUCACUGGAUUAAGGUGAGGGCUGAAUGGAAUCAUGUAUGUAAAGCACCUUUACAGUAUCUGAGGCCUGGCCAGUAUUCAACACAUGGAAGCUUCCAGUAUUACAUCAGACUGGUACAUCUGAUGUUCUAAUUCCAAAAGCAGAUAAAAGCAGACUCUUUUCCUUCCAAGACUCACUAAAUAGGAGAAAAACAAGCUAGAAGACUGCCUUCCACCUGCUCAAGACCGAGAAAGAAGAGAGUGGGGGUGGGGUGUCUCGAAGUCAGGAGGAAGGAAAACAGGUCUGUUACCACCAUGUCAGGCAGCAGUGUCAAAGCCGGUAUGUGCAGCUGGUGGCAGGGACACCUGCAUUCUUUCAAUGCUUUCAGACUGCUCCAGUGUGGCGACCCCUGGGCCCUCCCUGUUCUGGGGUUGACAGGUGUCACCAUGGCGCUCAGCUAUGGACAAGCUAGACUCCUAACCCUCUGAGUCACACUGGACCUACACCCAAACCGCAUCACAUCAUCUUGCUUAUAAUUAAUGGAAGGUUGACAGCUUUCAGCUAAUUUAGGGGAUAGUCUAAUGAUGUAAGGGAGACAAUUUCACUUAAAACUAAAUUAUCUUGGAGGAAAAAAAAAUAGGCUCCACAAAAAAACAUUGCUCCAGGCAAGGCUGUUAUUCUGAAUAUUUAACAAUCAGUAGGGCCCUGACACCAGCCAAUCAGAACACAGGCUUUACCCCAUCACAGUGGAGAAUGGCUAUUAUAAACCUAGAACUGCCACACCAGUACAUGCAGGUGGAGUGUUAGCCUUCCUUCCAGGGAACCCACCAGUACACUCUCAAGGAAUACAGGCAUACCCCAGAGAUACUGCGGGCUUGGUGAAUAGAUACUCAAGGAAUACAGGCAUACCUCAGAGACACUGUGGGCUUGGUGAAUACAUACUUAGCAUGAUUCUUAAGAGCUCUAGGAUUUUUGGUAGAAUAAAUGGGCAUUGGCUUCAACUUCAAGUCACCAGCUGCAUUAGCCCCUAACAAGAGAGUCAGCUUGUCUUUGGAAGCUUUGGAGCCAGGCAUUGACUUUACUCUCGCUAUGAAAGUCCUAGAUGGCAUCUUCUUCUGAUAUAAGACUGUUUUCUCUACAUGGAAAAAUCUGUUGUUGUGUGCGGCCACCUUCAUUAUCUUAGCAAGAUCUUCUGGAUAACUUGCUGCAGCUUCUACAUUAACACUUGCUGCUUCACUGUUAUGUUAUGGAGAUGGCUUCUUUCCUUGAACCUCACGACCCAACCUCUGCUAGCUUCAAACUCUGCAGCUUCUUCACCUUUCCUGGCCUUCACAGAAUUAAAGAAAGUUAGGGCCUUGCUCCAGAUCAGGCUUUAGCUUAAGGAAAUGUUGUGGCUGGUUGGAGCUUCUAUCUAGACCCCUCGAACUUUCUCCAUACCAGCAAUGAGGUUGUUCUACUUUCUUUAUCAUGUGUUCACUGGAGUAGCACUUUGAAUUUCCUUCAAGAACUUUUCCUUUGCAUUUACAACGUGGCUAACUGGCUCAAGAGGUCUAGCCUUCAGCCUCUUUCGGCUUUUGACAUGUCUUCAGCACUAUGCUUAAUCAUUUCUAGCUAUUGAUUUAAAAUG